UACAAAGCAGGACAGAGUCUGGCUUAUCAGUCUGGACAAGCAGUAGAGACACCACCACAGCUAGUGUGUGAGCAGCAUCAAGUCAUAGAUAAGUCUGUUCAAGUCGGACUGCUAACACACCACGAAGCAUCACAAGCAAAUGAAGAGAAAAUUCUGUCAACAAGUGCCACACAAACAGAGCCCCAAGCUGUGUCUUAAGGUUUCUUGUCUCUUGCAUAUCUGGAACAGUCCUCUUCAUCGGCGCCUGUGCGACGUCGACUGCAUUCGUGCGAACACUGCUUCUAUGUAACACAUGAUAAGUCAACUAUGGCCAGACACCUUCGGAGACACGUAGGCAAACACCCCUUCCAGUGCCACAUGUGCCCUAGUUCAUUCGCUGAAGACUCCAAGCUAGAGACUCGCAUGCGCACUCACUCUGGAGAGUGUUCCCUUUCCUGUGUUCACGACAGUCAAUCCUGCUCACGGAAAGAUGCCGUCGAUGUCCUCGUGCGCAUUGGCUCUGGGAAGCGCCCAUUUUCAUGCGUCCACUGCAAUGCAUCCUUCGUGCAGAAAAAGAGCCUUGUGAAACACAUUCUCAACCACCACAAAGGAGAGCGUUCCUUUCCCUGUAUCCAAUGCAAUGCAUCGUUUGUGAUGGAAACCGACUUCGUGGCACACAAGCGCAUUCACACAGAAGAACGUCAAUUUUCCUGUGACCACUGCGAUGCAUCCUUUAAGCGUAAAAGUACUUUAUUGAGACACGUCCGCCUCCACACAGGGGAGCGUUGCUUUUCCUGUGCGCAAUGUAGUGCGUCGUUUGUGACUAGAUACGAUCUCAAUCAGCACAUGCACUCUCACACGAGCGAGCGUCCCUUCUCCUGCAUUCACUGCAAUGCAUCCUUUAAACAGAAAAAGAAUCUUUCGAAACACGUUCGCAAGCACACAGGACAGGGUUGCUUUUCCUGUGUCCACUGCAGUGCACGCUUUGUGACUAAGUAUUACCUCACUGAGCAUACCCGGAUUCACACAGGAGAGCGUCCCUACUCCUGUGUUCAAUGCAAUGCAUCCUUUAUACGGAAACCGGACUUAUUGUCGCACAUGCGCACUCACACAGGAGAGCGUCCCUUCUCUUGUGUUCACUGCAAUGCGUCCUUUCCCAUCAAACAGACCCUCGUGCUGCACAUCCGCACUCACACAGGAGAGCGUCCCUACUCCUGUGUUUACUGCAAUCGAACCUUUUCACGAAGGAACAACUUCAUGGCCCACGUUUCCCGCGUGCAUAAAAUCCAAAAGCGACAAUUGUGAAGAGCCUAUAGGCUUCGAAGAGGAAGUGUGGCUGAGAGAGCAGAGUUUGUUGAAUAAAAGUGAGAGUGAGAGUUUGUUGUUUGAGCAGUGUUGUAGGUGUUGCCGAAUACUGUAUAAUUUCGUAUAGUCUGGUCGUUGUGUCUUGUCAAGCUGAUUGUGUAGCUUUUAACUCAACGAAACCAUCCAGCAUGUAUUAACUGGAAAAAUAGAAAUUGAAUUGAAUUAAAAAGGUAAC